AUGAGUCUGCCGGGCGACAAUGGGGAAGAAACGUCUGGACAGGCUCACCAAUUGAUCGAGCUGCACACAAUCGAUCAACUCGAGGAACUAACUACGAAUCAGCACGUCCAUUUCCGAGCCCGGCUUCACGGCACACGAUCCAUAUCCGCCUUCUUGACAUUCGUGAUCCUGCGAUGGGACGAGACUACAGUUCAAGGUGUCCUGCAUGACGAUGAAACCUCUGAAAGCAUGAUGAAGUGGGUUCAAAAGAUCCCUUUGGAAUCCUUGGUCCAGGUCGGAGGAAUCAUUUCGAACCCUCUUGAACCUGUCCAAUCGACUUCCAUCCAUACGUUCGAGAUCAAGGUCGACUCCCUGUAUCUCCUGCAGCGAGCUACAGGUGUACCAUUUCCCGUGGCCCGAGAAGAUUCCGAACCGAUGCACAAGAGGCUCGAAAACCGGGUCAUGGAUCUUCGACAUCCAUCCAAUCAUGCCAUUUUCAAGAUUCGUUCCAGAUUUCUCAACUCGUUCAGAAAGAGUAUGGAGAAGCAUCACUUUUUGGAGAUUCAAACGCCAAAGCUUCAGGCUGCGGCGACUGAAAGCGGGGCCCAGGUCUUCAAAGUCGAUUACUUUGGAAGAGAUGCCUUUUUGGCUCAGAGUCCACAGCUGGCGAAGCAGAUGGCCAUUUCUGCAGACUUUGAUCGGGUAUACGAGAUCGGUCCUGUCUUCCGGGCUGAGGACUCAAACACUCAUCGACAUUUGACCGAGUACACUGGCCUAGAUCUCGAGAUGAUGAUCAAGCAAGAGUAUCACGAAAUCGUCGACAUCGUCCUAGAUACGCUCAGAUCAGGCCUAGAAGCUAUCUCAGCGAUGCGACACGAGAUUCAAGUUGUCCGACAGCUCUGGCCUGGGGAUGAUCUUGAGAUCAGCGACUCUAUUCCCGUGAUAUCAUUCGAGCAGGGUAUACAGAUGCUGAGGGACGCUGGAGAGCCCGACAUCCCUGUCGAGGACCUGUCAACCCCGCACGAGAUUAAACUUGGAGAAUUAGUCAAGGGGAAAUAUCAUACCGAUCUAUUUGUCCUUGACAAAUUCCCUACUUCUGCCAGGCCGUUUUAUACCCAUCUGGACCCCUCAAACCCUAGCAAGACAAACAGCUUUGAUAUCUUUCUACGGGGUCAAGAGAUAUGUACCGGUGGACAGAGGAUAUCCGAUCCAUCUCAACUUCGGAAAGCGAUGUCGAAAGCAGGAAUCGACGAGCGAAGUAUGAAGGAGUACCUGCAUGCUUUCGACUGGGGUAUCGCACCGCAUGCCGGCGUUGGUCUCGGUCUAGAAAGAAUCAUCUUCCUGGCAUUAAAUCUUGGAGACGUUCGCUAUGCUUCGUUGUUUCCAAGAGACCCCAAAUCACUUCCGGAACCUGAGAUGUUGUUGACCCAUCCAGACGCAUCGACACGUCUGUCUUACUCCCCUAGCCACCUUCCGGUGAUUGAGGACCUGAUCGCGAAUUAUGGCGACGCCACCAACACGUCCUGGUUGGACGACAAGUUCCUGGUUUGGAGACACGAGACGAACGGUGCCGCAGUGGGAUAUUCAGCUCGGAAAAAGAUGGUGAUCAUGGCUGGUGAUCCUCUGUGCGAAAAAGAUCAGUACGAGAGUGUGAUCAACAACUUUCUGGAAUUUCUCAGUAAGCACAUCAACUUAAGUCCCGCGUGGCUCUUGGUCUCGGAUCAAGUUCAAGAGAUCUUAUCGACAAAGCAUGGAUGGCGGAGUCUAGCAUGCACGGAGGAACAGCGGUUAGAUGAGAACCAGCGACACACUCAUGCCGAUGAUCAACGCGACAGGAAACACGAGGCUCGACGGUUGGAUCGACAAGGCGUUUCGAUCCAUUCGUUUGACCCCACCGAUGACGAAGAUUGCAUCUCGAGAAUCAACAAUAGGAUUCGAGAAUGGCAAGACGCUCGAGCUUCAGGAGCGAAACAAGUCCACCUGACAGAUAUCGCUCCGUGGCAGGAUCAAAAGCAUCGUCGGUAUUUCCUCGCUGAAUCCACAGAUCAGCGUCGUCCGGAAGCACUGGUCGUCUUGACACAAUUAUCGAGAACCCAUGGAUGGCAAGUCAAGUGGGCUUUGGAUUUCCCAAACGCCCCUCAUGGCGCCAUUGACGCUCUGAUCCAUCUGGCAUUAUCGACCGUGGCGGGUCAACCGGUCACCUUUGGAGCUGGCGUCUCGGAUCACUUGAUACCUGUUCAUCAUAUCCACGGUCUGCGAUCGAAAAUUCUCAGCAAGACCUACAAAGCGAUCGUGUCUGCGCUCAAACUUCGAGGCAAAGCUCAAUUCAGGGAAAAGUUUGGUACGAUUGGAGAGACGCUAUACAUUUGUUAUCCAAAACACGCGAUAACUCCUUUCAAUGUGGAUGAGAUCGUAGAAUUCUUUGAGGAAUAG